AAGCUUGUUGAUCAAGAAGUCAAAAAUCCUUCCAUUCAGAAACACUCGUUCGUUGCAUCUUAUCAAACCCUCUAAAACCUCUAGAUUAUUCCUUCUCCCUCUCUCUCUCUCUAUCUAAAACCCUAACUUCCUAUGAAUCAAUGUUUGUACAGGAACUUAACAGGCAUAGUCUUUAUUACGAGCUUAAAUCUCUACCCAGAAUCAAUCGUCCUCCUUGAGAAUCACACAUCAGUUUGCUUCUAUUCAAUUUUUGAUCAAUCUAAGUAAAAGAUUCUUAUAUGUUUUUAAUUCUACAUCAAAAUGUUGCUUCAAGCUAAUCUCAGAUGUGUUGGCCUCAAAGACAUCUGCCAUACAAAAUUUCGUCCCCCAUUGAUAAUGCAUUGCAUGUCUAAUCUUAGCAGUCAAAGUUUGAAAUCUGACCUUCCAUUUUCGCUGCUCGGUCCACCAGAAAUUUACACCCCAGCCCCAGUCCCAGAUCCGGCCAUCAGCAACCCCUUCAUGGAUUCAAUGGUCUCCGGGUACAAUAAAGGGCCACCACCAAAACCAUAUAUGGGUUUGACAGAAAACCGCUCCCCAACUUUCCUAUCUAGUGGAAAUCCAUGUCUAGAUUUCUUCUUCCAUGUGGUUCCUGAUACACCCUCAGAAGCAGUAACCCGCCGGUUGCAGUUAGCCUGGGACCAAGACCCUCUGACUGCUCUCAAACUUGUAUGCAACUUGAGAGGUGUUCGAGGCACCGGAAAAGGGGACAAAGAAGGAUUCUACGCCGCGGCCUUGUGGCUUCAUGGGAGUCAUCCCAAAACUCUAGCACACAAUGCCACUACCAUAGCUGAAUUUGGGUACUUCAAGGACUUGCCUGAAAUUCUAUACCGUCUGCUUGAAGGCCUUGACGCUCAUGACGUGACAAAGCAAGAGAAAAUGGAGAGAGAGAGCGUGAUGCACAGUAAGGUCAUGAAGAAGAAGUUCUACAGAGGUAAACAAGUAUUAUCAAGUGAGGAGAAAAGGAUUGCAGCGGGCAAGAAAAGUGUGGAGAAGUACAAUAGUGAUCCAGUUUACCGAUUCUUACAUGAUCAGAUAUCAAAUGUCUUUGUAGAAAGAUUAAAAUCUGAUUUACAGAAUCUGCAUUCAGGCAAUAGGAGAAAUCUCAGCUUUGCUGCAAAGUGGUGUCCCUCCCUUUAUUCCUUUUAUGAUCGGUACACCCUUCUAUGCGAGAGCAUAGCAAAGAGACUAUUCCCACGAGACCUUUAUCCAGAAUACCAAGGCGUAGAAGAUGCUCAUUAUGCAUAUAGAGUCCGAGAUCGUCUACGUAAAGAAGUGAUUGUGCCAUUACGCAAAGCACUGAAGGUACCUGAGGUUUACAUGAGUGCCCACCAAUGGGGAAUGCUUCCUUACAGCAGAGUAACUUCUGUCGCCAUGCAAAACUACACAAACACGUUCAUGAGACGCGAUAGAGAGCGGUUUGAGGAGUAUCUGGAGAGUGUCAAGCGUGGGGACAGGAAGAUCACCGCUGGGGCAUUGCUCCCUCACCAGAUCAUAGCAUCAGCACGCCGCGGAGGAGAUGGCGCCAAAGUUGCAGAACUGCAAUGGCAGAGAAUAGUGGAAGAUCUGUCCGCGAAAGGGAAGCUAAAAAACUGCCUUGCCAUAUGUGAUGUGUCAGGGAGCAUGGAAUACAGAUUUGAUGGGAGCAUGAAAAGUUCCCCAUUGGAUGUAAGUGUGGCACUUGGACUAUUAGUUUCUGAUUUAAGUGAAGAACCCUGGAAGGGAAAGCUCAUUACUUUCAGCUUCAAUCCUCAGCUUCAGAUGAUUAGGGGAGAAAGUCUUCGAUCAAAGGUUAAUUCGAUAGAUCGUCUGGAUUGGGAAAUGAAUACGGAUUUUCAAAAGGUUUUUGAUAAAAUCUUGAAAGUGGCAAAAGAAGGAAAACUUAGUGAGGAACAGAUGGUAAAAAGGCUAUUUGUGUUCAGUGAUAUGGAGUUUGACCAGGCGUCUUCGAAUCCGUGGGAGACAGACUAUGAAGCAAUAUGCCGGAAGUUUGAGGAGAGUGGGUAUGGGUCGUGUGUGCCAGAGAUAGUAUUUUGGAACCUAAGAGACUCCAGAGCCACUCCAGUGUCGAGCCAUCAGAAAGGGGUGGCACUUGUGAGCGGUUUCUCAAAGAAUCUACUCAAAGUGUUCUUGGAGGAAGGUGGGAUUUUGAACCCUGAGCACACCAUGGAAUUGGCCAUUGCAGGGGAUGAGUACAACAAGCUUGUCGUUGUUGAUUGAUGCAUGUUCUUCUAUGGAUUCAUUCUUAGCACAGUGAAUAUAUACACUAUAAUAAGAUGAAUUGCCAAUUCAUUAUGGUUUGUCCUAACCUCUCGAGUACGUUUUGUUGGUAAACCAUACCCUAUUUUGUCGGAAUUAGAGUUUCUCUGGCUUGUGCUCCAUGUGUAUCCUGCAAUUUAUUUAAAAACAGAGCUACAUCCAUGAUUUUGUCGGAAUUAGAGUUUUGCUGAAGAAUGGGGAUAUCUUCUCUGGCUUGUGCUC